AUGUCGUUGGGAUUCACAAAAGAGUGGUACGAAGGCGAGAGAAAGAACAUCCAUCAUGCUCGUACGGUAGUGGUCGACAGCAAGCCCUCUACCGUAGACGCGGAACCAGGGUGGAACUCGGUGCAGUCUCGUCGCACUCAGCACCGCAUUACUUACGAAGAUCCACCCAGAUGGGAGCAGCAGGAGCGUGAGCAGCAAGUUGCUGUCCAGUAUCAUGGCUAUGCGGCGCACAUCAGAUGGCGCACCAAAAUUGUGCAAACUCGCAGCGACUCGCCUGCCACUGAUGCUGCCCAUUCUUCAUCAGUAUUCCUGCAAGAACAAUGGGAGGACGAGAUUGAGCUUGACUUCUCGCAAUACUUUCGUGGCCUCGGUGAUGCUCACUCAGUCUUUCCCGACCCUUCUCAUCACAGCGAGCCUCAGCCUACGCUUCCAUCCACCUUUCGUCCACCACUAGGACCAGCUCCACCAGCUCCGGCGUUACAGCCAUCUGCACAUCAACAUCCCCUCCAACUUGAACAUCAUCCACCACGCCAGCAGCAGCACUCUCGCGAGCACCACCCACCUGGACACUACCAGUAUCAUCACUACAACCCGCUGUGGCCAGCCGAUCGCAUCACCUACGCCCCGGCACCACCACCAAUCGAACCAGCGCGUCGCAUCACGUACGCCACUGCACCACCGCCAACUCACCGCAACUCACACACACCUCGAGUGUUAGGCCCAUUCAUGGAGGAGUCCGAUGAUGAUGCGCUCUUCGUUGGUGGUCCGCCUCCCUUCCCGCGAGGCAAUGGUGUACGUCCUCCGACGAACGGAGCGCGAGUUCCAGAGGAUGCGUACACCGACAUGGCAGCACCUCCGGCUCAGCAAGCACCACAGAGGAAGAGGGGACGUAGGGGUAAGGGUGGAAGAGCUGCCGCUACUCCACAGGUGGAUGUUGGCGAUGAUGACAUCUAUUAUGCGUGA